AAGCCAAGCCAAGCCAAGCCAAGCCAUUGUCCACUACCCUUCCCCGGCCCCUAGCUGUCGCUGCUCAUCCUUGUUCCUCCCAUUCCCCUGUUGCUCAUCUCCACAAGUAUCUCCCGAGGAUAAAAGCAAAAAAAAAAAAAAGCAUCUCCCAAAGCAUGCAAUUUUUCGGAGGAUCCGAGAUCAGUCCAUCGCCGCCGGUCCCGACGGCAGCGGGGAAUAACGCCCACAUGCUAUACGUGUUCAACAGGAAUGGAGUAUGUCUGCUGUACAGGGAAUGGAAUCGGCCACUUAAGACUCUCAGCCCCCAGCAGGAUCACAAGCUCAUGUUCGGUCUCCUCUUCUCUCUUAAAUCCUUGACUGCCAAAAUGGAUCCAACUAGCGCUGAUAAAGGAAAUCUUGGAGUGCCACAAUUACCUGGACAGGGAUGUUCGUUCCACAGCUUCCGCACUAAUACUUACAAACUUAGUUUCAUGGAGAGUCCAUCUGGGAUUAAGAUCAUCCUGGUAACUCAUCCUAGGACAGGUGAUUUAAGGGAAUCCCUCAAGUACAUAUACAACUUGUAUGUCGAGUAUGUUGUCAAGAAUCCACUGUACUCACCCGGAAAUCCAAUUAGUGAUCUAUUUAAUUCAACUCUUGAUCAGUAUGUUAGGGGCCUUGGAUGAUAUCAAUGUAUUGCUAGACAAGCCUCUGAUGUACGCGAAGGUAUUUUGGGCUGACUUUAUUUCGUCUGUCUUGUAUCAGUUGUGUUCUAGGAAAAUGAAUAUCUUCUACUUAAUUAACUUAAAGAUGUAAAAUGCUGAUAUAUGACUAAACUUUAGCUUUGCUGAAAGAUUCAUGAUGCUACAGGGGAUCUUUCCGUUGCUUCAUAUCCAGUUGCACUCUCAUUCAUUGGUGUUAACUCUGAAAUGAUAGAAGCCAUUUUGUUGGUAGAUGUUGCUUCAUAUUGAUAGCAUAUGUAAACAGGAACAGUUGAGUCAUAUACUGCUAAGGUGUUUGCUGGUAGUCAAUCAUGUAAUGCAUAUCUUUUACAAGACGUUAAUUAAAAAAAAAGAGGAAUUAUAUUGUUUGUUUCAACUAAAAAA